AUGAAUAAUGUUAUAAGAAUGCAUUGUCGUGCCGCAGAGGAUUGGAGUACUAAGGGCGACGAGGGUGCGGGCCCGAGCGUGUCGGUGGUGGGGCUGCGGCUGUGCGGGUGCGUGUGGCGCGCCGCGCUAGCGCCCGCGCCGGCCGACGCGAGCGUGCACGCUGCCGCGCCACCGCUGCGCCUGCGCUACCUGCCGAGUACUGAAAUAACAUUGACUUCGUCUAGAUUGCUGGAAGUUCCUGUUUACAGCAACGAAUCUCGUGAGGAGUUAUUAUUUCACGUCAAUGCACCACUUGCACCGGAUUUCGACAAAGACACCGCCAUUUUGAAUGCCAUCGCUUUGUUUAUCGGUCCCGUUGAUUAG